AUGGACGUGCAUAUCUACCACCAUGUCGCGCGGGCGGCGCCGGAGCUCUGGGCGUCCGAGUUCGCCUCUGACUUGCGACAGAUGGCCACGGCCGCCCGCGCGAGCGAGGGAAUAGCUCCGGCUCCUCCAAGCCGCCGCCGGAGGAGGCGGCCGGUUGCUCGUCGGGGAGUACACGCUCGCGCUCGCCGGCGGCGACGGAGAAGGCGGGGGGCCCUCUCUGCGCCCGCGUGUCACAAUGCGGUUCGUUCACCGAUUUCGAGCUGUUGCAGUACGCACGCUGGCAGGCAGCUGCGUUCGCCGCCGCCGGCGCGGCGGCGAUGGCGUACUGGAACGCCUUCUGCGAGCUGGGGGAGUCGCCGUGGGGAUAUCGGCGCGCGUCGUCGCCACUGGCGGCGCAGGAUUGGUGCCGGUGGGUGUACGGUUUUGCCUCAGGGGAGGGUGAGUGCCCUGCGGCGUGGGCGCCGCGGGCUCCCUCGCCCGGAGAGCUGGCAACCACAAACGACAGCAGUUCAGGCGGAAGCCUGGGGCCGGGGUAACUUAUACGAGGCCUUCGUUUCUG